AUGACAAAGUGGUAUCCGCCCGUUCAGCAUACCUCAUCUUGCGAUGUCAUUGUGGCCUUACGAACAGAUCAGACAUUACCUGUCAAGCGCAUGGCCAAACGACAACGAUCGCAACCACUAAAAUCGGGUCUCACACCUAUCCGACGGUCCGUUCGUCCACGGUCUUCCAGUGCUGGUCCAAGCACCAUUGCUAUUCCCAACGAAUUCAUUGCGCGCUGGAUGUGUCACAAAGCUGUUCUCGCCCGUUCGUCGUACUACUUUCAUGGGAUGUUUCAGGAUCAAUUUCACGAAUCCAAAUCAGCCAUCGUUUCACUUCCUCGCAGCGUCUUUGGUAUCGCUUCACUGAAUUGCAUCUUUCAUUUCAUGUACACGCAAACCCUCGAAUUACCGACCAACCAACAAUUAGCGUUGGAACUGCUCCAAGAGGUGUAUUCAGGCGCCGAUUACCUCGGAAUGACCGAAUUAUGCAAAAUGAUAGGCCAGCAAUGGGAUCAACUUGUCCAUCAGUGGACAUGCUACUGUGCAAGCUGCCAAACCUUGGUGCCCCAAUUAUUGGCCUUUAGCCAAUACCGCCUUGAAGAAGAAGAUAAAAGUGACAAUAUUAUGGCUAAAAUCAGCCAAGAUGCUCAAGUGAUUCUCACGUGCGAUCCUGAUAAAUCACUGCAAUCGUUUUGGACCAGUCGUGACAUGGCUCAACUGCCUAAUUUACAGACGUUGUCACCCCUCAUUCUGAACAAAAUUGGAAAAUGCAACGCAAUUGAAUCCCUCUAUGCAUGCUACAUUGCCUCGCAAAAGCUGGCCGAAAGUGAUCCGUUGCUGUCGUGGAGCCAUUCCCUCCAUGCUACCUUGGCCUCGGCGCAGUCCCGUGCCACUCAUAUCAUUGCCAAAAAUUUUAAUUUCUAUUGUUCUCAAUAUCCUGCGCUAAUGUCAUGCAUUGAUGGUAUCACGUACUCAGUUGACUUUCUCGAAUAUCUUUUGUUACAGGUCCUCGAGGAUCAAAUGGAUUCCGAUAAUGCAGGACUGCUCUACCAAGGCAUCGUUCGCGAUCUCAUGUGCCGUCACACCGUUCAAAUCAAUCCCGAAGUCAAAUAUGUUCUCAUCAUCGCUAGAGAAAUGGCCAUCCGAUACAUUGGUCGACAGCUAGACCAAAUCAGGGAAAAAGGCAAUCUGAAUAAACUUGAUGCAACCACCGUCAGAAUGCUGGCUGAGGAUCUUUUUAUGAAUCCUGCCGCUUUACUUGGACCUCGCAAAUCCAGAAAACAAAGGAUCCUCGCUUUUCUCAAACCUUCCGAUCCACGCAUCACCAUGCGCGUAUCCCGUCAUCCCUCCCAGCAAACCACCACCACCACCGGCAGUCGCGCUCGUACCAUCGAGAGUUUCCACAGUUGCAAAGAUUCGCUCUGCGGAUUUAUGAAAAAAAUAUGGCGGUAUCGAAAGAAACGGUAUCCGGAUACUCGACUAUCAGGACGACGAUCAGCUGUCAUGGCUGAUGGACGCAACAGUUCACGGCUCAUGGCGACGCGUCAUUACUCUCAUAUUUCCACCUAUUCCAGUAUCAACGAGCGGACCCUGAUAGGUGAAGCAGAUCUUCGUCUUGAACGUAAAUUAUCGUCAUCAAGUUACUCACACAUGCUGUGGCCCGGUCCCACACCCACCAAACGAACGCUGGCCGAGAAACUGCUACCAUCGCUCCUGUUCCCGAAAAUUUCGAUGCGACACACUCACUCACUGAAGCUGUCCAUGAUGAUCACGGUUGGAAAACGAGUGCAGUUAAUUCGACGGCCCGUGCUGACCGUCGGCACCGUCGCCUACAUUGGACACGUAGUAUUUGCAGAAGGCAUUUGGGUCGGGGUAGAAUUGGAUCGCAGAGUGGGAAAAAAUGACGGAUCCAUUGACGGUCAUCGCUAUUUCAAGACAUCACCCAACCGAGGCAUCUUUGUUCGAAUGGAAGACGUUAGCGUCAUUGUAUGA